GUCAACGUUCGGACUGCCUGGCCAACAUGGGAGUGAAGGAGAUGUUAAAUCUGGCGCGGGUGCCAUCCAUUCUCAUGCUUGGUGUGAUUUAUGUGGCCUACGUGCUGAUUGGUGGCGUGAUUUUCUGGAAACUGGAAGGAGAUCUUGGAGGGAAGGAUCUCUCCAAGUUGCUCCUUAACAAACAGAGGCUGCUAAUGACGUACAGCUGCCUGAACCAAGAAGGUCUAGAGGAAGUGGCUCAGGUUGUUCGAGAUGCAUCAAAGACUGGUCUGAGUUUGAAAGGCAACCAAACCGCAGACGGCUUCUGGAAAUUCACCAGCUCGGCUGUGUUUGCUGCCACUGUGGUCACAACUAUAGGUUAUGGAAACAUGAGCCCCAGCUCAACAGCUGGUCAGAUCUUCUGCGUCUUCUUUGCACUCUUUGGGAUUCCUCUCAACGUAGUGGUGCUCAACAGAGUGGGCAAGUACAUGCUCGCAUUGGAGAGAAAUGUCUCAGACUUCCUAGAAGGCAAAUCUGGACGAAAGAGGUGCACACGGUUUUUUGUCCACCUGUUUUGCUUCAUCUGUGGCACCGUCCUGUUCUUCAUCAUGCCCAUGCUUGUGUUCCAGCAGCAAGAGGGCUGGACCUACUCCCAGGCCAUCUACUACUGCUUCAUCACACUCAGCACCAUUGGUUUUGGGGAUUUUGUAGCAGAUAGUAAUCCAGACAAAGACUACCCUGACUGGUAUAGCGUCCUCAUGGCCUCGUGGAUCUUUUUUGGCCUGGCCUGGCUCGCUCUGCUCAUCAACCACUCCAUUGACAUCCUGGAGCGGCUUAACUCCCUCCUCAAAAAAGGCUGCUGUGGUGAGAAGACUCUGGAAGAGUCUGAGAGUGCAGACAACAACAAUCCCGACACUCAAAUGGAGGAUGAUGAUGAGAUCAAGAAGCCUCCGAUAACUGAGUAAUCUACAACAACAAGGUGAAGGUUUUAGUGAGUCAAUUACACGACCAUUAGCCCUGUAUUUAGGAUGUUUGAACUGGUGACAGGCCGUGAGUACAUGUGAUAUCAGGCUGUAAAUGCUGUAAAUCUUCAUAAUCACCAGUUCAUUAGCAUGUGACUGAUCAAAGGUUGUGAAGUUCUGAUAAGUGGCCAGCGAGCCGAAUAAGAAAGCGACAUGUCUCAUGUUCCACAGAGGAGAUACAGUUUGUGUUUGUAGUUUGCGUAGUACGUGUCACUUUUACAAAUUUCCAGAGAUGCAGCAAAUAGUCAUACAUGAAUCUGUGUAAAAAUAAUAAGGAUCUAUAUAAUUAAAAACCAUGUUUCAUUAAGAAGUAAUCAUCCUAUUUUGUUAUUCUCUUAAACACUUAAGGGAACCACUUUUACUGGUUUUAUCAGCAGGAAAAUAGCUAUAUGAAUGCAGCGCCAGGCAGGAGGAAGAAAAGUGCAGUCAGUAGCAAUUCUUGUAUUAAUUCUUGUAUAAAUACUGCAAUUAGUUAUUCCCUCCUUUGCGCUCACAGGGAUGAGAGAAGAGAUCUUCAAUAUAUUCUUAAAAAAAGGAAGAAUCUAAUUCUAUUUUUUAUAGUUUGCACGAAUCCAAACUUUUUAUUUUGUUUUUUUCAUUCUUUCUUUAGGUUUUUAAGAAAGUGAAAACGUUCAUAUAUACACACAAAAGAGGACAGUGUACAAAAACAAAGAGCAAGCUAGAAUUUCUUGAAAAUUUAGAGAUCACUUUCUUUUUCUUUCAACAGCAUCCAUUUUUGCACUCAAAUUCUCACAUUUUUAUUAUAGGUAAAAUAUAUAUAUUUUUCAAUAAAGUAGAUUUCUGAUUUUGGUUUUGGGUGGACAGUUUUUAACCAACAUUCUUUUGAAGAAAUAAAUAUGUUUUAUGUCAUUGGUCUUUGGGUUGUUAUGGGUUUUAGUGUUACCCUUCUGACUGGGUGUUCCUCGUCUUUUUUAAACAUGCCAUUGUUGAACGAAAACUUAAAUAACCCCAACUUGGAUCCAAUCUUACAUAAAACCUAUAGGCCUAUUUCCAAACCCCCUUUUAUGUCAAAGCUUUUUGAAAAGGCUUUUGCUGCCCAAUUUACAGCCUACUGGGAAAAAAAUGUCAUUUAUGGCUGGGUUUCAUGGAAUUCCUCUGGGCUCCAUGUGGGGACCUAUUGCUUUUUCAUGUCAUUAAGCACCUUAGUAAUGUUUAUUAUGUUGUUACACAUCUGCAUCAGAACUCAAGGAGAUUGAUCUUUCCAAGCUGGUGUCACCCAGACUGUGGAAAUACACUGCCUAUGUAGUUUGGACUCUGUUGAUACAUUUAAAAACCAGCUAAAAUAUUUUUAUUAAAACUUUUAGUGGGUUUUUGUGAAAUGUGAAAUGCAUUUUUGACUGUGUUGUGGGUUUUUUUUGUCAGCAUUAUACAUUGUAUGUUCUUGGGCUACUCUUUUUGUAAAUCACUUUGUGACAUCUGUAUGGGAACUCGUGCUAUAUAAAUGAAUUUUUAUUUACUUUACUCACUUGCUUUUAAAGAAGUACUGGUAUUAUCCCCAGGUACCAAACAGAGAUCCCUGUAGACUGUACAACUUGAGGUGGAUUCACAGAGCCUAAUAACAUCUUUACAAAAAGACUGAAGUUCAGGAAGUUUGGAAAAGAAUAUGUAAACAGUCUAGGCCAUUUUAUAUUUUACAGUUUUCAUGCUUGUCUCAAAUCAAGGUUUUUUAGAUAGCCUUGAUACAAAAACAACAUUGUAAAUGCUCCUAG